CAUGUUUGCUUCACGCAAGCAGCUAAAUGGUAAGGCUUUGCUCUCUCGCGUGGCUUUAAAGGCUUCUUGCAUCGUUGUAAAUCACCUGUUUAAAAAACCCACCCAAACCAACCCCUUAAAAAUAUAUCAUCCCCUUUCUCCUCCUAGCUCCUUCGUCUUCUUCAACUUCUCGAAGAUCGUUCACUGCAAAUUAACCCUAAUCAUGACGCACAUAUUGGUCUAAACAUAUAGAUUGCGUCACAGAAAAAUGAGUGCAACCCCUAGUAGUAGCGGUGGCGGUAGUGGCAGUAGUGGAGGCGGUGGGGGUCCGUGUGGUGCGUGCAAGUUUUUGAGGAGGAAAUGUGUUCUGGGGUGUAUAUUUGCCCCAUAUUUUGACUCCGAGCAAGGUGCGGCUCAUUUUGCUGCGGUGCAUAAGGUUUUUGGGGCGAGUAAUGUGUCCAAGCUGCUUUUGCAUAUUCCUGUUCAGAAACGUCUGGAUGCGGUUGUGACCAUAUGCUACGAGGCUCAGGCGCGGCUCAGAGAUCCUGUUUACGGCUGUGUUGCUCACAUCUUUGCUCUUCAGCAACAGGUGGUGAAUUUACAAGCGGAGCUUUCAUACUUACAAGCCCAUUUGGCAACAUUAGAGCUUCCGUCACCGCCACCACCUCCGCCACCUCCUACACUUGUGACACCACCACCGCUAUCAAUCUCAGACCUCCCAUCUGCCACCUCGGUCCCCACCACAUACGACUUGUCGUCUCUCUUCGAACCGAUCGUGCAAGUGCAACCUUCAUGGGCCAUGCAGCAGCGGCAAAUGGAUCCACGGCAAUACGGCGGCAGUUGCUCUACGUCAACGGGUAGCGGUGAUCUUCAGGCGCUGGCGCGCGAGCUUGUCCACCGACAAGGGUCUCCCCAACACGGUUCUGCACCGUGUGCUGAUGCAUCAUCACCAUCUAUGUCUAAAUGAGAUACUGACCUUGAAAUUAAUAGUACUACUACUUGCCUUCGAGCUUGCAUGUCAUCGUCACAACACUACUAGAUAACCGUACGUCUAAGGGUGAAAGGGGCUUAAUUUUUGUGCUGUAGUCAUUUCAUCGUGGGAAAGUAAUCACCUUAAUAACAUUUUUUCUUUUCC